CUCUCCCCGCACAAGCUCCAUUCCGAUGUCGGAGCCGCACGACUACAUCGGCCUCUCCGCCGCCUCGCCCACCCCGACCUCCUCCUCCUCCUGCUCAUCCUCGCCCAACCCCGCCGCCGCCGCCGCCGAGCUCGGGCCCCGCCUCACCCUCCGCCUCGGCCUCCCGGGCUCCGACUCCCCCGACCGCGACGCCAACCCCGCCGCAGCGCUCACCCUCGGCCUCGUCUCCCACAAGCCCGCCGCCAAGCGCGCCUUCCCCGACGCAUCCCCGCGCCGCGCCGCCGCCGCAGCCGACAAGGCGCCUCCCGCGGCUCCGCCUGCCGCCAAGGCGCAGGUCGUGGGAUGGCCGCCCGUGCGGAACUACCGGAAGAACACGCUGGCGGCCAGCGUCUCCAAGAGCAAGGGCGCGGAGGACGACGGCCGCGCGGCGGCCCCGUGCUACGUCAAGGUCAGCAUGGACGGCGCGCCCUACCUCAGGAAGGUCGACCUCAAGAUCUACGCGAGCUACGACGACCUCUCCGCCGCGCUGCAGAAGAUGUUCAGCUGCUUCAUCACCGGUCAAAGCGCCCUGCGUAAACCAUCAGCCAAGGACAGGCUUACUAACGGGAAGGCUGAUUCCCUCCAAGAUCAGGAGUUUGUCCUUACGUAUGAAGACAAGGAUGCCGACUGGAUGCUUGUUGGCGACCUUCCGUGGGAUUUGUUUACCACUAUCUGCCGGAAACUGAAAAUCAUGAGAGGAUCUGAUGCUGCUGGAAUAGCUCCAAGAGCCCUAGAGCAGACAGGUCAGAACAAAUAAGAACGACCUUCAUCUGCAGUAAAGAAAAAGAACCGAGCUAAGCCUUGAGAUGAUGUUGAUGACCUAAAUUAUUCGUGUCAAGUAUCUCAAAUAUCCCACGUGUUAGUGUAGUUCAUGUAUUUGUAAGACCUGCGUGCUACACAUGCCAGUAAUGUUAUCUGUUGAGAUAUUGCAAGUGUGAGGUGCCAUAUCUUCCCUUCAAAGGUUAUGUCAGGAAGCUCCGCGCUUCCUGUUUACGUGAGCUUUCUACCUGUAUUUUGUCAUACAUAUUUCAAGUGUUGCGCUAAGUUGUUCUACUCUCUAGAAAUUCUCCAAAUGUCACAAGAAGGUGGGUAUGCCAA